AUGGAACAGUACAAAAGAAUCAAGGAAAUUGGGCGUGGAUCAUUUGGGGUUGUCUACGCAGCAUUGAAUAAACUAACCGGUGAAGUGGUUGCGGUCAAGAAACUGAACUUGAAGUAUCCCUCGGUGGAAGAAUGCACAAAUCUGAUAGAAGUCAAGGCACUGGGGAAGAUGAAUCAUCCCAAUAUCGUAAACCUCAUGGGAGUCUUCAAAGUAAACCACAUCAUGUACUUGGUGUUCGAAUACAUGCAAUGCAGUCUCUUCCAACUUAUGAGAGUCAAGACUUUCUCGGAAGAUGAGAUUAAGAACUUGUGCUUCCAAAUCUUUCAAGGUCUUGCGUACAUGCAUGGCAACAGCUACUUUCAUCGUGACAUGAAACCAGACAACCUUCUUCUUUCCAAGAAUGUCAUAAAGAUUGCUGAUCUUGGUCAAGCUCGCGAGACCAAUGGGAAACAGCCAUAUACCGAUUAUGUCACAACACGCUGGUAUCGUGCCCCUGAGGUUUUUCUCCAUUCUUCUGUGUAUGAUGCUGCAGUUGAUAUGUGGGCAAUGGGUGCAAUCAUGGCGGAGCUGUUCACCCAUCGGCCACUGUUUAGAGGUGAUAGUGGGGGAGAAGUAUUGUAUAAGAUCUGCAGUGUGAUCGGAAGUCCAACAGAAAGCAAAUGGAGUGAGGGACUUCAACUUGCACGCAAUAUGAAUUAUCGGUUCCCAGAUCAUCCUGGUAUGCCUCUUGCGUCACUGUUACCAUCUGCAAGCAGCGAAGCAUUGUGUCUGAUUGCUACACUUCUUUCCUGGAAUCCAUGCAUGAGGCCCACAGCUAUGGAGGCACUUGAACAUCCUUUCUUCGACAGCUGUUACCAUGUUACACCAGCCAUCCAUCUCAACCAGGACCUACCAUGGAAACGGGCGUUGUUGAAGCAGACAAGAAGUUCGAAGAGUUGCGCGCAAUUGGUUUGA